ACUGUAGUGCAACGGCGUGGUAAGUUCCAAAUAUAAAUUAAUUUGUUCAAUUUCUACUUCGUGAUCUCGUUGAUUUUGUGCCAAAAAUUUAACGUAUAUAAACCGAUCAAUCUACAGCAGUGAUUUAAGUUACUAUUUUGAAGUGUUACUGUGAGAAAUUUGAAAGAUGUGAGUAGCACAAAAAGACUUCUUUUUCAACCACCUCUUAUCGAUAACGAUAUGCUUUAGGAUUCAUUAGCAUAUUUGAACUGUUUCAUUUUAUUAUGAUUUUUAAAGUCGAACUUCCAGUUUUAUAUUCAUACGAUAUUACAUUUUUCAAUAAUAAAUUAAUAGUGUCACUUUAAAUUCAUUAAUUAUUUAAUUGAAAUUUAUUUAGUUUAUGCUUGGAAUAUGAAUAGGCAAGUAGUAGGCUGGUAGGUGAGUAGGAGGCAAUUAUAAUUAUUUUACUAAUAAUAAUUAAUAGAUGGGCUAUAUUUAGUAUACAUUUUAAGUUUUAUUUUGUACCAGGUGGGCAAUUGGCCUAAAAUUAAUUGUGGCUACUUGGUGGGUAUUUAAGGACUGUUUCAAGUUUCUCUUUCCACAUUAAUAAUUGCCAGUGUCUACACGUCUCGCCGGACGUAUAUCUCCCGCACUAUUUGUCCGGCGACCAAGUCACAUGACCGCCGUAACAAAGUGGCGAGAGAUAUCUUGUCAGUCAGCCUUGUCACGUGACUGCGAAUGAUUCAAAACUAUUAUUAAAUUGUUAAUUUUAAAAUCUAUUUCUCUACCAAGUAAUGUACUUAGUAUCUUGAAUCCAAUUAUAGAAAAAAACUUAAGUGAAAGUGGCUUGUAAACAUUUUUGUUUUGUUUGUUAUUUGAGUUUGUGUACCAGUAAUCCAUAAGUAUAAGCCAUAAAAUAAAUUAGGGGCCAGUAUGGAGUAGGCAACCAAUAAAAGUAAAAGAUUUCAUUUUAAAUUGUUUAAAUUGCUACAAAAUAUUUAAAACUUAUCAUGAAACUACUUUUGCUGAUGAACAUGAUAAUAAAAAUAUAGUAUCAAAUAUUUUUAAUUAAAAUGGGGGGAAAAAAACUAUCCUUUCCCCGGAAUUGAUCCUCAAAUCAUAACAUUAAGCUACCACUAGACCACACAAGGCACAAGAUCUACCAAACUGCACUUCAUUCAGAAUAAUAAAAACUACUAGCGUGACAUGCCGCCACGCGUAUAUCUUGCGCACUAUCUUUGUUAAUAAUUUCAACAGAUUUUAUUCAAUCCCUUUUAUUUUUUUAUUUUUUUGCUUAAAUUUAGUAAAAUGAAAAUGCAUCAGGGCCGAUGUCUUCCACGACCCAGUAGGGUCAUUACUAUGCAUGGACAAAUUGUGAAAAUGAAGUUACAGUUUUAAGACCUAGUUAUUUAGUAACAACCUAUUUUACCUAUUAUAUCUCUUUAGGAGUUAUUAUCUAUAGUUGUAAUUGUAGGUCAAUUAUUUUAAAAAGUUAUAUUUGCGAUAUAUUUUGGGAUAACUCUGUUACUGUAACUGUUACUAUUGACAUGAGACGACAUGACAAGGGAAAAUAUGUAAGUGGCUAACAUAAACUGAGCAGAUAAUUUUUGAGAGAGUUGCUGUCCUAGGCCUCCAUGAAGUUGGAGAAAAUGUAGUCAGCAUGCCCAAAUGUUCACGACACUGAGUCACUAUUUUAAAACUACUUUAUUUUAUAAAACUGUUGGGGGGGGGGGGGGGGGAUUUAUUUUCCCAUUCUUGUAUAAUACUUCAAAUUGCCUCAGACAUUCGCCUGUUCCUUUUUUUUCCAGUAUGGGCUUGGCAAAUAUUAUUAUUUCUACCUUUAAUAUCCUUAACUUUUUAAUAAAAGAAGUAAAAAAACAUACAUAAAUUUACACAACCAUAGCCACUCGUUUGCCAGUGUUUUUUGCACGACUUCGCAUAAGGUGGGUCAUGGCAGCUGUGGAAAAAAAAGUUGACUGCUAAUAGUAAUAGUGAUAUGGAGAGGGAAAAGGGAGACAUGUGUUACGGUAGAAUUUAUAAAACGAUGAGAAUAGUUUAGAAAUUUCAAACAAGAUUAAAGAUACAUCUUGUCAGUGGCGAACAUAGCAAAUUUACUGUAUCCCUCUGUAUGUUGGGCAGUCGCUCCCUUCCCUCAACUAAAGCGUGUGCUACACAGUAACAUAAUGGUGAGAAAAGCAUAAAAAUGAAAACCCAACUUGGUUUCAUUGAUUAAACUUUUAAACACUUUUUUGGUUUCCAACUAAAGUCCAAAUUAUGUCAGAAAACUCACACCUUCAUUUUUAAAAAUUAUCAGAUGGUUUUACCGGCAAAAAAAUAGCCUCGUUUUCAAAUGUUAUAAUUAACCACCCUAUGAAGUAUUGAUUUUUAAAAGCCAUCAAUCAAAAAUACCCUAAUCAGCAUAUUAUUUUUUCUAAAAAACAUAGUUAAAACUAGGGUUAGUGUUAGGCUGCUAGAAUACUGCAGCAGUUGGAAAAAACUGUCGCAGUACCACUUGACUUAGGAAAUUAGGAAGGAGAUGUAUAGGUAGGAAAGCUUUACAAAAUCUAAAUGAUCACUGAGUUGCUCUUGUCCCUAAAGGCUAAAGGAGUUAUAGUAUUUAUUUUUGUGCUGAAAAUGAAUUUGUACUAAGUUAUCAGAAAAAUAUUUCCCUUUAUUUGGAUCAAUAAAAAUUAUAAAAAGAUACCUCAAUGUUGAAUGAGUUUAAUAAAAAAAUUCUUCUCAUAUCUGGUAUUUUAUUAUUUUUGCAGAAAUAUAUUCACCAUGCCUAUCUUUGUGCACUCAAUUCAAACCCAUGUUUUGGACCUGAAUCAGCAAAAAACAGUUGAAGAUGUCAAGGUAAAAAUUCAUUGGUUAAUUUGAAAUUACAUCUGUGUUAACUAAAUUAACCUGAUUUAUUAUAGUUGUAGCUUUUAAUCUUCAUGAUAUGUAUAUUAUAUACUGAUAUCAAUUAAUAGGCUGAUAUGUUGAAAAUAGUAAUUCACAUGGCUUGGAAGCAUUACCUCAUCAUAUGUUAACCUUUAAAUUUUCUUAUAUACCUACUUGCAGUCAUUUGUUACUGAACGUGAGGGUCUCCCAAUGGAACAGAUGGCAGUUUUUUAUGAGGGUCAACCCUUGGAAGAUACAUGUGAGCUGGUCACGUUCAAGAAUGAAUCAACUUUAAAUGUUGAACUGCGAUUGCUUGGAGGUGAGUUGCAAUAUAAUUAUAAUCAAUAUGCUGUGAUUUCUUUUUUGCACAGGUCCAUCUCUGAUGUUAUUAAUUUCUAUGAUCCAGAGAUUUUGUGUUACAAACUUCCUGUUUGAUAUUUUAAAUUUUAUUUUAUAUUAUCUGCUUAUCCACUUGUUUAACUCAUUCCCUCCUGCAAUGCUACUUCCGUAUUUAAUUUAUUUGCCUGAGAAAGGGAAGUAACCCCGUUUUGAAAUUGUUUACAUUUUUUUAAUAUGUCUUUAAGCUACUAAAUAUUAUUUAAUGUUAAUGAAUUAAGAACAAAUGCAAAACAAAAUGAAUAAGGUUUAAUAUAAAUAUAACAUUAGCGGGGGGAAAAUAACGAACAAUGGCCAAAAAACGAUUUUCGGAACCUCAGACGAACACAUGCUACAUAUAGACGCGCCAUACUAAAGCACACAUAGUUUUAAAGUGAAACAAGAUAAAAACUUCCGGUUUUUAAAUUAAAAUCACGCUGAACCACGCCAUCGCCGGAAGUCUCGAGGGAUGCGAGAUUUCAUUGCUAUUUUUAAAUAGAUAUGAGAGAGGUGUGUCGCUAUGCGCCGGGACUUAUUUGGACGCAUCAGGCGAAACCCGUAAAAGACGCAUUUAGUCGGGAAUGAGUUAAACAACUUGAAAUAAAUAGUAGAAAGGCUGUACUGUGGUUGUUGAUUUAAAACCCUUUUUAAAUUUUUUUACAGGCAAAGUUCACGGCAGUUUGGCUCGUGCUGGCAAGGUGCGUGGUCAGACACCAAAAGUUGACAAACAAGAAAAGAAGAAAGGCAAGACUGGCCGUGCCAAGCGCCGCAUGCAAUACAACAGACGUUUUGUUAAUGUUGUGGCUGGCUUCGGUCGUAAGAAGGGUCCCAAUGCCAGAUCCUAAAUUCAGUUGAAUUUUAAAAUAAAAAGUAACAUGUAUAAUUAAACUAACAUGAAAACAUUU